AUCAUCAAAAAAUUCGAAAUUUGGAAACAGAUAACAGCUGGACGUUUCCGUUAUUUUCCACAUACACUUUGUUAACACCAAAAACAAAAACCCCCUUUCCUUUGAUUUCAAGCAAACCAAAUUCUCCACCAAUUCACGUUAUCUCCAUUCUUCAUCUCCAUAAACACAUCCCUACCUAGGGUUUCUACAGUCUAUCAUGGGCCAACAGUCGUUGAUCUACAGUUUUGUGGCCAGAGGAACGGUGAUUUUGUCAGAGUACACUGAAUUCACCGGUAAUUUUGUUAAUAUUGCUUCUCAGUGUCUCCAGAAGCUUCCUGCAACCAAUAAUAAGUUCACUUACUCCUGUGAUGGUCACACGUUUAACUAUCUCGUUCAUGAUGGAUUCACGUACUGUGUGGUCGCCAUAGAAUCUGUCGGUCGACAGAUUCCAAUGGCUUUUCUUGAAAGAAUCAAGGAUGAUUUUGCCAAGAAAUAUGCUGGAGGGAAAGCUUCAACCGCUCUUGCAAACAGUCUGAAUAAAGAAUUCGGUCCCAAGCUGAAGGAGCAAAUGCAAUAUUGUGUGGACCAUCAAGAAGAGAUCAGCAAGCUUUCGAAAGUCAAAGCCCAGGUUUCAGAAGUCAAAGGUGUGAUGUUGGAGAACAUUGAGAAGGUUCUUGACCGUGGAGAGAAGAUCGAGCUUCUGGUUGAUAAAACAGAGAGUCUUCACUCUCAAGCACAGGGAUUUAGGACGCAGGGUACGCAGUUGAGAAGGAAAAUGUGGUUCAAGAAUAUGAAGAUUAAACUGAUAGUUCUAGCGAUCGUCAUUGCGCUGAUUCUCGUUAUAUUUUUUUCUGCUUGUCAUGGUGUCAAAUGUGUCAAGUGAAUGGUUUCUCUAACCUAUGUUCACCUGCUUGCCUUUAUUUUGUUUCUUUCUUUUUUUCAAAUUUUUGAUUGAUUAUAAAAGGUUAUACUGCGAGACAACAUUUGUAUAGGUUUGUACCUAUAAAGUAAUUUCUAUUUCUAUAUACAUUAUUUUGAUAUAA